AUGGAUACAACUACGCCAGACGUUUCAAGGACAUUUGUCGCGUACAUCGCGUCGCUUGAGCUGAUGAAGGUGGUUACGAUCUUGUAUCUCUCCCCUACAACAGAUUCGAGUCGGGCGUUGAUACUCGUCCCACCGCAAAAGGCCCAGUCCGCCCAAUUGGGCAUGUAUCACACGAAGGAAUACUUGGACUUUAUCCUCAACGAGGCCAAUGCCAACAGCUCGGACGACGUGACGAAGGCGGAAUUCGGCUUGGAAGAUGAUUGCCCUCCGUUCGACGGGAUGAGCGAGUACGUACGUCUCGUGGCGGGCGCGACGCUCACGGCUGUCAAGACGCUUCGCCAGCCUCGAUGCGAUGUAGCCAUCUGCUGGGAUGGAGGACGACAUCAUGCCCAGAAGGAACGCGCCGCGGGAUUCUGCUACAUCGCAGACUGCACGCUCGCUCUGAUGGAAUUACGCCGCUGGAUUGUGACCGAUGAAGGAAAGUCGCGCAAAUCACGAACGAUGUACCUCGAUUUGGAUCUGCACUUCUCGGAUGCGGUGUAG